AUGCCGGCCCCCUACAAUACGCACACUACUACCGAUGAGCUUGUCACUGAUUACACCGCCAUAAUCAAAGACAAGGUCAUUUUGACCACAGGCGUCUCAUCGGGCUCCCUGGGUGGUUUCUUUGUUCAAUCCAUCGCCAAAGCCAAACCAGCAUGGAUAAUUCUAGCCGCCCGCAAUACCGAAAAGCUGAGGAACACGGCCGCAGAAAUUACCGAAGCCCAGCCGGAUAUCCAAGUCCGUACCCUUCAAGUUGACUUGGGCUCAUUGAAAAGCGUCCGAGAAGCCGCAGCGCAAGUAAAUUCCUGGGAUGACAUUCCCGUCAUUGACGUCCUAGUCAACAAUGCCGGUAUCAUGGCAGUGGACUACUCGCUCUCACCAGAGGGCGUUGAGUCCCAUCUAGCCACGAACCAUCUCGGCCCAUUCCUAUUCACCAAUCUGAUCAUUAAGAAGAUUUUGGCUGCCAAGGAGCCGAGAAUUGCGGUGGUCAGUAGCGAUGGUCAUCGGAUGCAUCCAAUCCGGUUCUAUGACUAUAACUUCGAUGAUGGAAAAACGUACGAUCGCUGGUUCGGCUAUGGUCAGAGCAAGACUGCGAAUAUGCUGUUUGCAAUUUCUCUAGCCCAAAAGCUUGGGAUAAAACAUAAUCUCCAGGCUUUCAGCCUUCACCCAGGAGUCAUCUGGACUAAUUUGGGCAAUCACCUGGACUGGAGCGUGGAUCUUGAUGGACUGAAAAACGCGGACAGAUCUCUGGGUAAUCGCGAAGGCUGGAAAGAGUUCGAAGCAAAGCCACUUGAAAGAGGAGCCGCAACCCACAUUUAUGCCGCAUUUGACCCAGGUCUCAAGGCCAAUAAUGGGGGCUACCUGAUCGACUGCCACGUUGCUGAUCCACUCGAGGACACGGUUUUACCAUGGGCUACUAGCAGUCUUGAGGCGGAAAGACUAUGGCAACUGAGUGAGAAAUUAGUUGGACAGGAAUUCCCUUACUAG